CGAACAAGGGACACCCAAACCCUAUCACCGCCGCCCCCCUCAAAUUCCUAACAUAUCCCGCUGGAACACCGUGAUAUCUCGCCGGGGUGCCCUCUUCCCCGACGCCGGUAAACAGAUUCGCUGCCCAAACCGGCCGUGCGAGAGUCGCUGGAAAUCAGCACCGCCGCCGCAGGGGGUUCGCAAUGCUGCCAUAGCCCGCCAUCGUCCGCCCCGCCCCAAUUCACUGGAAUCUGAUCUGACGGAGCACCGGCGACCAGUCACCAUGCCAGACAGCGGAGGCGCGACCGUCCUGGACGACCUCCCCGAGUGGAUCGUUGUGGAAGAGAUUCUCAUCCGUUUGCCGCCCAAGGACAUCCUCCGCUGCCGCGCCGUCCGCAGGUGGUGGCACAACGCCACCUCCACCGACAAGUUCAUGCUGGAAAACCACCGCCACCAGCCCUUUCUCCCGAUCCUCAGCCACGUCGUCGAGCUGCACAAAACCUGCCUCCUGUUUUCGUUUGAUGCCGGUGCAGGCCAGCAAAAGCUCUGCCCUGUCGUCCAGACCUGCGACUACGGUGAACUCGAGGCCGCGUGUGAUGGCCUCCUCAUCGUCUCCCAUGGAUCCAUGGCGGAUAAGUUCAUCUGCAAUCCGGUCACCCGUAAGUGUGCUCCCCUAGCGAAGCCUCAGGCCCAACGGGGUUUUGACCACCAGAUUGUUGGCUUCUACCGGCACCAACCAUCCGGAGGAGAAUUCCGAGUGCUAUGGAUCUCUAGGCCGACGAAAAUCUACAAUCCAUACGACGCAAAUUACAGAACUUUCUACUACGUCAUAGCGGUGGGAUCCGAUAAUACAAGAUGCAUCAGACAAGGAUGCAUCCCACAACCAACAUCCUCGUCGCAUUUCUUGGAGCUGGCUUUACGCAGGGGUCUGCCUGGUUCGUCCCAGUAUCCACCAGUCCACCACCGUGGGGGCCUGCACUGGAGACUUAGAAGAUACCACGGCUGGGAUGCCGACUACAUAAUGGUGUUCAACACAUCAGCUGAAACAUUUCGGUUGAUGUCUCGUCCUGCCCGAUUGUCCAACUGCUUACAGGAGUCAUUGCUGGAGAUGAAUGACACUCUUGCUUUGUGCAGCAUCAGCAGUGACAAACGCACCGUAGAUGUCUGGGUGUUACAGGACUAUGAUGCUAAGACCUGGUCUUUCAAGCAUCGGAUUAAUUUGACUGGGGUGGAUCCAUCAGCGCUUGUUGAUCGAGAGGUGAUAAUGAGCCCUAGGAUGGCUGCUCUCAAUGAGGGUGUGCUGCUGGUCCAGUUCACUUGUAGGCGUGUGUUGCAUUUUGACAUAGAUGGCAAGUUCUUAGGAUAUGUGAAGAGCAAAGAUGACCAAGAUAUCGACUUGUGGGUUACCAAUCAUUACCUCCAGGGGAGCGUUAUUCCCCUUCCACUGUCCCAUGAGAUGAGAGAAGAAGAUAGUGAAAAUCAGGAGCCUCCAUUUUUCGUAGGACUGUAGGAUGCAGUGCUUAAUCUCGAUGUUCUACACUGCUGGUUUGCUUUGCCAAUGGACCAUCUAUUCUGUACGAGCCUUGUCUUUUGUUCUUAGUUGGUCUUUUUAGUGCUGCUUGUAGAACUGAACAGUUUGGAUGGUAGCAGAGCACCUCUGGUGUCUAUUAUCUUGCCUUUAGCAUCAUGUUUAAGUUCCAAACUAUGGAGAAUCUUUGCUAUAUGACUAGUAUAUUUUAUACCCCUCGUUUACUUCCAGUUUGCAAUUUUUUAGAACCAAGAGAGGCAUGGUUGCAAUUAGGAACAGAUAGUUGCUCCUAAGAUAUUAUCUGGAAUGACACUACAGAAUCAGUACAGCAAUGGCUAGACAUCCUGCUUUCUUUAUGACAAAACAGGUGUUGGUACACAUGUCAUCGUGCUUUCUUUCAGUCUUAUUUUGAGUGAAUAAUUUUGGUUGAGUCGUUGAAAUGGUUAGUAUGGAUCCUUCCUUCCAAGUUUACUAGUUUGAUCCUUGCUCAGUGCACAAUUUUGUCCUAAGCACCUGACAUGGUUGCUCGUGCUCCUUCUGUGGUAAUGCUUUAUUCAGGCAAACUUGCACGACUUAAUUCAGUUUGGUACUCAGCACAAUUUUGUGUCCAUCGAUAUUUUUGUACAGUUAUUGUUGAAAAUCUUAGCAAGUAAUUUUGGUUCCUUUGCUUUGACAUGUUUUGAGAAAGAAUCGUACUGGUUCCUGGUCCCUCUUUGCCUGAAUAAAUAUUUUUAAUUUACAUAGUGAUAACUUGAUUACUCGAUGCUUUUUUAUCUGAACUCUUAGGUCAUAUAUGGAAAGUUCCAGCAGUUCCAAUGUUUUUUGUGUGGGUAGACAUGUAUAAUUCUGCAUACUCCUCUUCAUGUGGACUAACUGUUCAAAUGUUAAAUUCAGUCUCAACUAUUUAAAAUAUGAUAUAUACUUCUAGGGAUGCCCAAUAAGACCUCAGAUAAUCUCAAAGGUUAACUUCAUUGUUUUUCAUCUGAUAUACCCUUGGUUGCUGUGUGAAAAACAAUGCGAAAGGAACUUCCGAGAAUGAAAGUGGAGACCUCUCUUACCCAGAGUUUUCUCUCUCUUUUUUUACGCAGACUCAGUUCAUAGCUUUGGGACACACUGAUACGAUAACAUUCCCCCAGUCAAAAGGUGAUACGAUCUGUUUGCAGAAUUCUUUAUUCUUAAGAUGCUUCUAUCCACAUGAUUUGCAGAGCACAUUUUCCUUCAAAAUU